AUGAAGGACUAUUCCGAUGUCAUCCUCUGUCCAGAGGCAAAUGAGCUGAGCAAGACAGAGUUCUGCAAUCCUGCUUUUGAUCCUGAAGCAGGGCCUUCUUGCCCUGCACCAGCCUUACAGAAAAAUGCCAGCAGCAGCCUCAAAGCUCCCUGGCAUGCCCAGCAUCUCCGAAGGCUACAACCAGACUGCCAUUUCUCCUGGCUCUGUAUCCUGCUGCUCAGUGGCCUUCUGGUCCUGCUGCUGGGGCUACUGGUGGCUAUCAUCCUGGCUCAAUUUCAGGCUACAUCCCUCCCCAGGACAACCCAGAGCCCACUGCCCACUCGAGGCCUCGCCCCCAAGGGUGGCAUUUCUAGCACCACCCCUAAUGCCAGGACUACCACCACCACCACCUCUCCAGCAACCACACAGCAGCAGGAGGUGGCCAUGAGCCCUACACACCAGAUCACCUGUGGAGGCCUCCUUCAUGGUCCAAGGGGUUUCUUCAGCAGCCCCAACUACCCAGACCUUUACCCACCCCACAGCCACUGUGUCUGGCAUAUCCAGGUAGCCACAGGCCAGACUAUACAGCUCAAGAUUCAAGCCCUCAGCAUAGAAGGUGUGCCUGCCUGUCUUUUUGAUCGCUUGGAAAUUGCCCCAGAGCCUUCAGGCUCUCUCCUCAGGGUGUGUGGUAAAACACCUCCUGCCACACUAAACACCAAUGCCAGCCACCUCCGAGUGUCCUUCGUCUCUGAUGAUGAUGUGGAAGGGUCUGGUUUCCAAGCCUGGUACCAAGCUGUAGCCCCGGGGCAUUGGAGCUGUGCCCAAAAUGAGUUCCGCUGUGAUGAGCUUCUCUGCCUGAAGCAUGACUUAGUAUGUGAUGGCAUUACCAACUGUGCCGAUGGCAGUGACGAGGCCAACUGCAGUGCCAAGAACUUGGGGUGUGGAGGAAAUCUGACUGGGCUCCAUGGGGUGUUCUCUACUCCCAACUACCCACAGCACUACCCUCACCAACAGCUUUGCACCUGGUACAUCUCAGUGCCCAUGGAAUACGGCAUAGAACUACAGUUCCAUAACUUCAGCCUGGAAGCACAGGCUGAGUGCAAGUUUGACUACGUGGAAGUGUAUGAGGCCAGCAGUUCCAGGGCCUUCAGCUUCCUGGGCAGGUUCUGUGGCGCUAAGCCACCAGCCCCCCUCAUCUCCUCACAGCACCAGCUGGCUGUAAUCUUUAAGACGGAUCUUGGUAUCAGCAGUGGGGGCUUCUUAGCCACCUACCAGGCCAUCAAUACUUCAGAGAGUAGGUGCCCCUGGGCAGAGUUCAGCCAGGAUGGUGGAUGUUGGGAUCUGCAAUGGAUGUGUGACUUAUGGAGAGACUGUGCAAAUGACAGCAAUGACAACAAUUGCAGCAGUCACUUGUUCCCGCAAACAGAACCGGCCUGUGAACCUGUCCAAGUGGAGAUGUGCCUUGGACUAAGCUACAAUACCACAGCAUUCCCCAACAUCUGGGUGGGCCUGGGCACCCAAUCGGAGGUGGUGGACAUCCUCAGAGGCUACAAGAGUCUGACAAGUCUACCCUGCUACCAGAAUUUCCGGAGGUUCCUUUGCGGGCUGCUCGUACCUCACUGUACCCCACUGGGCACUGUCUUACCCCCAUGCCGCUCUGUCUGCCAGGAGGCAGAGCAACAGUGCCAGUCUAGCCUGGCACUACUGGGCACCCCCUGGCCCUUCAACUGCAACAGGCUGCCUGAGGCAGCUAGCCUGGAAGCUUGUUCCCAGCCGUGACCUGAAGCCAGCUCCUACCCUUUGCCUGCCCAUCCUCCUCUAUCUCUAUAUGGGCGGGCAGGGCAGGCAGAAAACAGAGGGAAGUGACCUGGCCAUGAGACUCUCCCCAUCCUCUCUGGUGCUCCCCAGGGAGAAGGACUGGUUCCAAUGCUGAUCCUUCCCAGGGCUAAUGGGACUAUCCCAUCUUCCCUGUACCUCUGCUGCACUCUUUCUUACCACGACAGCCCUAGGCAGUGCCAGGCCGGGUACUGUGCCGUUGGACAGCCCAGAGAUUUCCUGUCCAAGUCUCUGACCCUGACUCCCUAUCUUCUGCUUUCCCCCUUUCCAUUUGAAAAUUUAAGAUCACCAGACCUUCAGCUUUUCCAUUUAGUCAACAAAACUGUACUGAGUGCCUACUGGUGUGGUUGUACCCUAUUCUAUGCCUGGGGGUCCAACUGGCUCUCUGCUUUUAGAAUUCUUCACCCUGGGCUCUGCUGAUCCAGUUCUCCACACACUCCCCGCCCCACCCCCACACACUAGUCUUGACUUUGGUCUCUAUCACUACCCCAUCCCUCGCUUCUUCCCUCCCUCCCUCCCUCCAGCUCCUGGGAACUGGAGCCCCAAG